GUCCUCACUCCCUCUCAAUCAAUUAAUUAAAAUUAAUUAAUAACUGAUUCUUCUUCUUAAUUAAUUAACCUCAAUCCAAUCCCCUUCUCCUUCUUAACGACAAUGGAGACCAGAUCCGCCAGAAGACGGAGGCUCUCCAAUACCAACUCCGAUCUCCAUAAUCAAACCGGCGUUGAUUACAUCAGCCACCUCCCCGACGCCCUCCUCCACCACAUUCUCUGUUCUUUGCCGAUCAAAACCGCCGCCCAAUCCACCACUCUCUCCUCCCGCUGGCGCUCUCUCUGGUUCACUCUCCCCGACCUCGACUUCUCAACAUCUUCAAUUUCCGAUCACUACCCUUCUGACCUCACCAUCACCCGCAUUCUCAAUUCCCGUCCCCACCAUUCCAACGUCCGUCUCCUCCGCUUCUCCGCCACUUUAAGCUUCUCCCGUCUCAACGCCCUCUUCCGCACCGCCAUUCGCCACCAAAUCCAAGAACUCCACCUCCUCGUCACCACCAACGAUUACUUCAACUUCCCUCGAUGCGUCAUCGCCAGCGACUCUUUAAAAGUUUUCAACCUACGAUCGAUUCAUCCCGGUUUCCGCCUCCCUCCGCCCUCCGUCAUGGGUUCUGGGUUCCGAUCGUUGAAUUCCCUUUCGCUUGCUCGAAUGGUUUUCCAUGAUCGGCCGUCAUUGUUGGAUUUGUUCACGGAAACGUCUUUCCCUGUUCUGAAGAAACUGAAUUUAGAGAGAUGUUUUGGACUUGAACAUUUGAGUGUUAAGUGCCCUGUUCUCGAGGAUUUCAGUCUCCAGUGGUGCUUUCAGCUUCAGGGGUUAGAUGUUUUUGGAGCAAAAUUACAGAGCAUCCAUGUUUCUGAUUGUUUUGAUGCUUACACUACUCCCACUUUGGUUAAAAUCGUUGCUCCUAAUCUCAAUACUAUGAUUUGGGUUUACAAUGCCUUAAACGAUGAAAUCAAUAUCCAUCAAUUUACCUCUCCUCUCAAUCGAGCCUCUCUGGGUUUACUUCCUCACCAUUUUGUUACCAGCAAGCUUCACUCUGUUUCUGCUCUUCUCUCUGCAAUUUCCCCUGUUCAUUCUUUAACGCUUGAUACUUUCUGCAUCGAUAUUGUAUCCAGCCCUAGUUACUUCGCAUAUUUUUUCCCUCCAUUCAGCAAUGUGAACUGUUUGGAACUGAGUACAGCCUUCAGAAAACAGAAUGGUUUAGGCUUAGCUAAUAUAUUCAGAUCUUGUCCUGUUCUUCAAACUCUCACAAUCAAAAUCGUCAACGGUGGCAACAUCGGAAGGAAGGAUUGGCGUAGGGAUAAAUGGGAAAGGAGUGGUUCAGAGGAAGAACGAUUCUGGGAAACUCAAAUUGAGCCUCUGAAAUCCUUUCUUCUUCAUCUUAAGAUUGUGAAAAUUGAAGGGUUCAUGGACUGCUUGAGUGAAGUGAGCCUCACCCAGUUUUUGCUAAAGCAUGGCUCUGCAUUGCAACAACUCACCCUUUUGACGACCAAAACCAAACAUAGAGAUUCCCUUAUUAGACGACGAGAAAUCAAGUCUCAAAUCAUGGCUUUCCCUCGAGCUUCUUCUCUUGUUAAACUUCAUUAUUGUUGACAUUCAUCACAACCCGAUUUUGACAUUUU